AUGGUGUGUACAGGAGAGACUCGGAGGCCGUGGCUACGCGAGGGAGAGACUCAGAGGCCGUGGCUACGCGAGGGAGAGACGGAGGCCGUGGCUACGCGAGGGAGAGACUCGGAGGCCGUGGCUACGAGGGAGAGACUCGGAGGCCGUGGCUACGCGAGGGAGAGACUCGGAGGCCGUGGCUGCGCGAGGGAGAGACUCAGAGGCCGUGGCUACGCGAGGGAGAGACUCGGAGGCCGUGGCUACGCGGGGAGGCCGUGGCUCGGAGGCCGUGGCUACGCGAGGGAGAGACUCAGAGGCCGUGGCUACGCGAGGGGGAGAGACUCGGAGGCCGUGGCUACGCGGGGAGAGACUCGGAGGCCGUGGCUACGCGAGGGAGAGACUCAGAGGCCGUGGCUACGCGAGGGAGAGACUCAGAGGCCGUGGCUACGCGAGGGAGAGACUCAGAGGCCGUGGCUACGCGAGGGAGAGACUCAGAGGCCGUGGCUACGCGAGGAGAGACUCGGAGGCCGUGGCUACGCGAGGGAGAGACUCGGAGGCCGUGGCUACGCGAGGGAGAUACUCAGAGGCCGUGGCUACGCGGAGGGAGAGACUCAGAGGCCGUGGCUAUGA